AUGACAUCGCCGCGCACCUUUGCUCCCAACAUGGCCGACAUGACGGCUCACUCUUCUUCGACGACCUCUUCGGCCGUCCAGUCUCUCACCAGUGCCAGCACCCUGGAUUCACCAACCGAGUCAUCUGCGCGGAGNGCGCUGCGCGACAGUGUCUUUGAGUCAGCGACAUGGCGCGAGCCCGAUGGCGAGACCCCCGAGGAACUGCAACGAAAAGACCCCCUUGGCACCCAGAUCUGGAAGCUGUAUUCAAAGACAAAGAACACUCUGCCCAACUCUGAGCGCAUGGAAAACCUGACCUGGAGGAUGAUGUCGAUGAAUCUGAGGCGCGCCCAGCAGCAGAGCCAGCCCUCGCCGCCCGCCUCGUUCGAUCCCUCGACGACAAUCGACUCCAAGGCCACUCCGACAGGCAUCCCCAUCCGCCGACAUCAGCAACUGCAGGAAGAGGCCCAGGACGAUUUCAUCGCGCGUGCCUCGGCCCCUUCGGUUGCUCCUACGGCCGUCAACAAGACGACGGAUGAGUUCGGCUACAUUCAACGUCAUGUGCGCAAGACUAGCAUUGACGAGAGAAGGGUCCCUCCAGUCACCACCGGCAUGCCUAACGAUGCCCUUCUCAACAACUACUCGCUCGAUUCGACCGCUUACAACCCCACUAACACACACGCUCAAGUGCCGUUUGGCCUGGACACGUUCGGCUUCGACGCGGGUGCUAACUCGGCCAACAACGACCCACUGCUGUCAUCGGCCGGCCCCUUCCAGAGCAACUUCAACUUCUCCCCAGUCGGUUCGCCCAUGAUGACCAAUGGUCCAUAUACCAACAUGUUCAACCAGUCCGUCAUGAACAACAACUACUGCUCGCCUCCCCAGUCAUCCUAUCAGUCUCGCGUCUCGACUCCUCAGCCUAUUCCCGAGCAUGAGCCCGUCUUCUUCAACACGUCUAGCAGUGUUGAUUUGAGGCACCAUGCCCAUAUGAGCAGCUAUACCAGCCAGCAGCCUACCCCUGUCGCUAGCAUGCAGCCCCAAUACAUCUUCAGCCCCAACAACGACAACAUGUUCAGUCAAAUCUCGGCUCCCGAUCCAUCCACCUCCUUCACACAACCAUCGUCCUUCUCCAUGUCAGGCCAUGUCGACCCCACCGAGGUCCUGUCAACGGCCAUGUCUUUGCCGCGAGGCGACAACAUGUUCACCUUCGGUGCUGAUUCUGACAAUGAGGACGACGAAACCAACUUUGGCGACCGCAACAACUUUUUAAUGCAGACCGACUUCUCGCCUAUGGAAGACCCUUCGGUGGGCGAGUAUCAAUGGGAGAGUGGUCUCGCAUCGGGCCAGUACAAUUCGCUGCCCGCUCGCUACGCCGGUCCUCCAGCUCGCAAGGGCGUCACGAUUGGCCAUACCGAGAUGAUUCCCUCGCCACAGGAAUGGGGCGUCGGCAGCCUGGGACGUACACAUGGCUCAGCCGCUUCUGUCAGUGAGAUCCGCAACCGCGGAAAUGACCCUCGUCUGAAGAAGAUUCCUCGCACCAGCUCAACUCCAAACGCUGCUGCCAUGGCUGCCCAGCAUGGUAUCUUCUCAGUCCGUCCACAAUCAUCGCCCUCAUCGCCACCCGAGUCGUCUACCGGCUUCAGCUCUGUUGCACCUUCUCGACCCGGAAGUCCAAAGCCUGGUGAUAAUGGCUUGCCUACAACAUGCACAAACUGUUUCACUCAAACCACCCCAUUGUGGCGCCGUAACCCUGAAGGACACCCACUGUGUAAUGCAUGUGGUUUGUUCCUCAAGCUUCAUGGCGUCGUGCGUCCGCUGAGUUUGAAGACGGAUGUCAUCAANAAGCGUAACCGUGGUGGCGCGGGUUCUACAACCAUCGGACCCUCUUCCAGCCGUUCCAAGAAAGCUGCAAGCAGNAAGAACUCGGUCGCUCACACUCCCGCGACCACUCCCAAACCUACCCAAGAUGCCGACUCUCCUAGUACCGCUGCUGGAUCAUCCACCACCGCCAAUACCCCUACUACUCAGAUCAAUCCUGUCAUUGCGCCUAAAACCACUGUGGUACCAAUUGCGCCCGGUCCACCCAAACCACAAAUGCCAGCCACAGGUCCUGCUCCUACAAGAAUGGUUGCACCAAAGCGUCAGCGCAAGCAGAGCAAAGUUGGCAGCUCCCCACAAGAAAUCGAGAUGGGCGAGGCAGACGAUAUCAGUGUUAGCAACAAGCCUAAGGAACUUGCUCAGGCACCAACACCCGCUUUCACGUCCACUNNCCAACAGCCAAAUAUGAUGACGAACAACGGUUCAUCUGGGUCAAUGGUCAGCUCUCCUUCUGGCAUGCCUGCCGGACCACAGGAAUGGGAAUGGCUUACCAUGAGUUUGUAA